UAAGAAGUCAACUCAAGAAGUUAUCUGCCCUCGUGUCGUUUUCCAGCUCUACAGGAUUACACAGAGCCUGGACAUGUAAACAGGUAGGAUGCUUUAUAGCCAAGGACAUUGUCAUCAGUCGAUGUUAUUAUAAUUUGUUAAAGGAUAAUGAUGGAAACAAAGAAGAAUACUGAGCAGAGAACACAUUGCUUGAUAUUAUAAGCUUUGAGCAAUCUCUAACCGCUCUGGGAACUUUAAAUGUAAUGGGACACAAACAUGUUACAAGUGCUGUAGUAGUUGUUUAGUUUCCAAGUCAAUUCAUAGCCACCAGUGGAUCCUCACACUCGUGAAGAAAAGAGAAGGAACACGAUGUACCAAGUAGUACCUGGUGGAGCUGGGGGUACUAUCACGGAAGGGGUGCCCCUUAAAAAAAUAAAUAAGGAGAGUCGUCCACUAGUGGGUGCUGGAGUUCUGGGUCUGGUCCUGGUUAUCGCUGCUGUAACAGCGUGGUGUUACUAUAUCGCCUCCCUCCGUAAAGCUGAUCACUUAAAGACAGAGUUAUUGGACCUUAAUAAGGAUGGCUUUCUCAUCCGCAACCAGGCUGGGGGGAUUGUGUUCAAGAUGGCUUUCAGAUCUGGAACCCUUGAUUUGGACUCCUGUUCUAAGGAGGAUGUGAUUCUGCGCUGCUCACGCUCUUAUGCUGGCAAAGUGAAUUUCUUCAUAAUGACUGUGAAGCCCAAAGAGACUGUAAUGUGCUACCGUGUGCGGUGGGAGGAGCUGGAGUCUGACCGACCCGUAAUGCACGCCAUGUCUUACAAUGGCUCUCACUGGUACGGUGGUUCCGAAUCUGCUAUCCAGAACUGGCCCAUUGCCAUCUCGGGUCAGCAAGCACCAAAGCCCUUUGUCACCAGCGACGUUUAUUCAAACCGCAAUGACUUUGGUGGCAUUUUGGAACGAUAUUGGCUCUCAUCUAAUGCCACUGCUAUUAAGAUCAACGACUCUGUGCCCUUUCACUUGGGCUGGAAUGACACUGAGAAGUCACUGUAUUUUGAAGCACGAUAUCAGGACAGCCCAUAUAAACCUCUUCCUGGGAUGCCACCAUAUGCUGAGCUCAGCUACCGCGUCUGUGUGGGCCCCGAUGUGACCUCCAUCCACAAGGUCAUGGUCCGCAGGUACUUCCCCAAACCCAACAAGGUACCCUUAGAAGCGAUGUUCCGAUAUCCAAUAUGGUCCACCUGGGCUUUGCACAAAACUGACAUUAAUCAGGAGAAACUUUUGACCUAUGCUGAAAACAUACGUAAACAUGGCUUUAACUGUAGUCAGAUAGAAUUGGAUGACCGGUACACCAGCCGCUAUGGUGAGUUUGAAUUUGAUCCUGAAAAGUUCCCCAACGCGUCAGGCAUGUUCCAAAAGUUAAAAGCUGACGGCUUUCUGGUGUCAUUAUGGACACAUCCCUUUGUGAACUACGAAUCAUCUAACUUUGGCCUGUGCGUCCAGAAAGGUCUUUUCGUGAUGGAGCCCACCGGGCAACUUCCUGCAUUGGUGCGAUGGUGGAACGGCAUUGGAGGCAUUCUGGACUUUACCAACCCAGACGCUCGAAAUUGGUUCACCUCCCAUCUGCGAGCAUUGCGCUCCAAAUAUGGUGUGUCAUCCUUCAAGUUGGAUGCUGGUGAAACAAACUUCCUACCCUGGCGGUUCCGGACACACGUCCAUCUUCCAGAUCCUAGCACGUUCACGCGCCGGUACACAGAAAUGGCCCUGCCAUUCAACGAACGGGCGGAGCUGCGAGCGGGCUACGGCUCACAGAACAUCUCCUGCUUUUUCCGCCUCAACGAUCGUGAUUCGGUUUGGGGCUACGAGCUUGGACUCAAGUCCAUCAUCCCUACUGUCCUCACCAUCAGCAUCCUCGGCUACCAGUUUAUCCUGCCUGACAUGAUCGGGGGCAACGCAUACGCCAACCGAACCUAUGGGAAUGGUAAACUCCCUGACCGCGAGCUGUACAUACGUUGGCUGGAGCUUUCUGCCUUCAUGCCUGCCAUGCAGUUCUCCAUCCCACCAUGGGAGUACGACGACGAGGUGGUAGCCAUCGCCCGGCGCUUCACAGCACUCCAUGAGACAUUGGUUGCCCCCAGAGUUCUGGAGCUAGCAGGGGAGGUGCUAAACACCGGUGACCCCAUCAUCCGUCCUUUGUGGUGGAUAGCCACCGGUGAUGAGACGGCUUACGGGGUAGACUCGCAGUUUCUCAUAGGAGAUGACCUGAUGGUGGCACCAGUGCUGGAACCUGGCAAGCAGGAACGGGAUAUCUACCUCCCGGCUGGCCACUGGAGGAGCUACAAGGGCGAGCGUUAUGAUAAUAAAGAACCUAUGCAUCUCACAGAUUAUGCUGUGGAUCUUGAUGAGAUUGCAUAUUUUCUUUGGGUUCAGUGAUGCUGUUGUUUCUAAUUUUUUUCAGGCGAUGAGCAGUAUAUACUUUGCAUAAUUGCACAUUCAGGGCUGUUUAAAACAACUAAAGCUUGAUGCAUUACGACAACGCACUUACACAGAAGCACACAUUUACUGGGCUGUUUUAACCAUUUUUUUGGCCUAUGCAGUUACAGAAGCUUGAUGUACAUACAGUGCUCAUAGUGUCUCUUGAUUUCAACCGCUUAAUCCUGGUCAUGGUUUGCUUUUUUUAUCCAAAGACUUUCUUAGGUAUACCCCCUUGCAGGCACAUCAUGGAUGCCCACAUUUGCAUAAUUGCAUAUCCACUAAAGCUAAUGGUAUCUUUUUGGGGGCGGAAGGAACCCAGAGUUCCUUGAGGAAACCUGUUGGGAGACCCAUACCCACUCACGUGCCUUACGUUUUUUUGAAUGUACAUAUAACGCCAGGUUCGGAAGCUUCAAAACUAAACCAAAUGCUAGUUUAAAAAGUGCACAUUUUGAACUCGGGACGCACCGUUACGACAAUUCCGUCUUGAUGCCAAUACUUCUGUAUCUAUGGCUACCGACUAUUGUGUAAGCUCAGAUUGUUUUAUAAAUCUGACUAUGUCUAAAGUCGGAUAGUAACAAUUGAAAUGAAAGGGAACUGAUUGAUUUACUGUGAAAAUACACAUCUUUAUCUUAAGAUGCUGACAGACUUAUACAACAAGCAAACGAACAUUUAAUGCAUUUCUGUACAUGCUCGCAAUUUGUAUUGAAAUAUAUGCAUGUAUGCAAGCUUCUCCUAAUCUAAUAAGCUGUUAGAGUAUUCCUGGUGUCUUCCAAGCACACACUAGCACCUUUUCGAACAUCUGUAUUUUUAGUAUACUAGAGCUGUACAUCAUUUCUAGCUCGGGUUUUAGAGUGCAGCCUAAAUAGUAUUAGUGCAGUUUAUUCGGUGUAGGUUCAAUAGAGCACCAUCGCUUUAAGCAAUAAUUAGCUUUGUUAGUAAUAUUUUCCAGUAUUGAGGUGAGGGAUGACUUUCUUUUUCAAAAUGAGUUCUGUGUGUGAGUGAGUGUGUGUUUUUUUUAAAGUAGUAUUAAUCAUUCAGGGAUUUGUCACAGAACAUUUCAUAAAGCUCUGUUUAUGUAUCUUUGGUUUAAAUAUUGUUCAUGAAAAGUUAGCUAGGUAAUUUUAACUACCUACACUCAUUACCUUAGGUAGCUUACUUUCAAAAAAACACUUCUCAAAAGCUGUAGGUACAGUAUGUUGUUUUUGUUUUUGACAAUCUUAUUGUCAUUAACCAUCGUCACCAAGAAGAAUAUCCCGGGUUUAGGGCUAUUCCUUUACCUUUGCCUAGCUAGCCGUUGCUAGAAUGUUGGAUGCUCCUGGCACUGACCUUCUCACUCAAGUUUUAUCUCCGGUUUCAGAUGGUUUUAUCAGGUUACUUGUUUUGUAGGAACAUGUUUGUAGGGAUUUUCACAGUGCAGAGCCAUCUGCUUUGACUGCCAUUGUUAAUCACACGUUAGAUCGUGUCGGCUGUUCGUUGUUUUAUAACAUGAUUAUAACACAAAAAUAAGCACAGUAUCGAGCCAGACACAGACCUAAAAUAAUUCACACCACCCUGCCUUAUUUAUAUUUCAUUCACAUUUCAUAUUCAUGUUGUACAUGAGAUUUGUAUGCAGUAUGUUUAUAUAGUUUUCCUUUCAUGGUUCCAUAAGCUUUUUACAGUCCGUGUUUACUCGGUCUUCAUCAGAUAUAUGUGAAAUUUUUUUCCACAUGCACUGCGUGUCCUUUGCUAAUCCGAAGCGUCCCAGCUUUUUUUUUUUUUUUUACCACAUCUCGCCGAGCCCACUGUUUUUUAAAAAUACACGUGAAUAAAUAUUUUGGAGGACUGCUGUCGGAUUGCUUCUAUGAGCCACUAUAUAAGGGAUGAGUUUUCAGUGUUUACAUACCGUGGGAGAAUAACCAACAUGCGCCAAAAUGUGUGUGCGUGUCAUUUCAGACUAAUGCAGCUUCACUUACUUGCCAUACACUGGUAUAUGUGUUGAUAUAAUAUGAUAGGAUACAGAAACAUAGACACAUAGACCUAGUACUUCACAUAAGCAGUUUUUCAUUAGACGCUUGCACGAUAAACGGGAGAGAUUAUUCUUCUCUUGCACAUUUAGAAACCGGGAUCGCAAAAACAA